AGCUACUCACUUCGACAGUCCGCGCAGUCGGUAGUCCAAUGACAGUGGUAUCUUGAUUUACAGGAGCUGGCGAAAGUGAAUACUGGACGUUUCUUAUUUACUUUCUGCCGAAUGUGUCGUUUGUACCAUUGAAUUUUGUCAAUAUAUAAUAUCUAUGUUGAACGGAACUAGGAAGGAGUGAAAAGCAAAGUUGGGUAGGUCACAACCUAAAUUAACGGACUAUUUAGGAGUGCGGAGCCGCGGUGUAAACUUCAGUUUGUUUGUGCCACUAAAACACUAUCUCCGGGAGAGAAGCCUCACAAUGGACGGGCCUGCCACCCUCCAGGACUACAAAGCUGCAAUGCUGCUGAGCGGAGUUGGCGAUGCCCUGGGCUACCGCAACCAGCUGUGGGAGUAUAAUGAGUCAGGGCCAGCCAUUCACCAGGAGUUGCAAGAGCUUGGGGGGCUGCAGAACAUCACAGUGCAACUUCCUGAUUGGCCGGUCAGCGAUGACACGGUCUUGCACCUGGCAACUGCAGAAGCGCUCACCACAGGUAAAGAAGGGGAGGAGCUUCUGCAAGAUGUGGCUGCUCGUUAUGUGGAGGGCAUGAAAGAUAUGGAAAGAAGGAAACCAGGGCCUUCAAGCAUCUUAGGAGUGUCCCAGUUGAGGCCAGGAACAGCAGGGGGCUUCAGAGUGCCCUACAAUCCUGACAGCACAGGAUGUGGGGCUGCCAUGAGAUCUAUGUGCAUUGGUCUGAGGUACCCGUGGCCCGAGCAGCUGUCCACACUGGUGGCUGUUGCCGUGGAGACGGGAAGGAUGACCCACCCUCACCCGACCGGUUUCCUCGGUGCUGUGGCAUCAGCACUAUUCACUUCUUACGCUGUCCAGCGCCGGCCAAUCACAAGCUGGGGCUUUGGCCUGCUUAAGGAGGCCUGUCCAAUCGCUAAGAGCUUUGUCCAGUCGCAGGGCUUUGCUGUCAAUGAGACGGAGAGGGAUUGGGGUUAUUUCCCUCAGAAGUGGGAGUGGUACCUAGAGCUGAGGGGCCUCUCUGAGGGGAAGGGCCCUGUCUCUUGGCCUGUCUCCUUCGGGCCACUGGAGAGAGACAAGGCCUAUAAGAGCUUCAGCCUAGAUGGGUGGGCGGGGCGCAGCGGGCACGACGCUCCAAUGAUCGCUCUGGAUGCUCUUCUUGCAGCAGGGUCGGACUGGAAGGAGUUGAUGAACCGAGGCGGCUUCCACGGAGGUGACAGCGACAGUACAGCGGUGAUCGCGUGCUGCUGCUGGGGACUCCUCUAUGGAACAGAUGGUGUCCCGCCCGCUAACUAUACCCACCUUGAGUACAGAGAGCGCCUGGAGAGAAGUGCCGAGAAGCUAUAUGCCCUGUCACACUCAGGCCUAGCAUAAUCCCCAAAGCAAUGAAGGGAUUGAGAGAAAUGUGAAAUUGAGACUCCUUAAUGUUUUUGAAAUGUUGAACAGGGAAAUGUUCUUCAAUGUAGGGUUCAAAUUGCACCUGCUACCCUUGAAAUGUUACUGAGCCACACCUACCAGACUAAAUACAUCAACAUUUGUUAUAAAUAUUUAAUAUGUGCUAUAGGGGCCCUGAAUGGCGGGAGUGUGAUACAAACUAGAAAAGCAUUGGAUGGGUUUUGGAAAACAUUAAUAGUCCAGAGUCGCCCUGGGAGUUGCUGCAAUUGUCUAAGCAGUAUCAUUUGAUCCUUUCUGAUACUGCCCCAUGUAACCUAUUUCUGAUCACAGGUUCAGAUAUGGUCGGGAAUAAAAUUAAGAUAUUAAA